CAUCUACAACUCCCCCCAAACAUCGAUCGCCGAGACGGGGGAUUUAAUUCCGUAUGGUCGGGCGAAAGCUCUUUUGAACCAGCACUGCCUCGUCGAAAUGGAAUAUAAUCAGUAGGUCGAGCUGUCUCCUUUCUGCUCCUCUCCCUCCCUUUCUUUCUCACCUUCGCCACGAGUACCGUUCUCUCCAUCCCCAAAAUGUUCCUCACUCUCCCCACCGUGGCGGCGCUCGCCGCCAUCCUUCAAACCACCUACGCCGCCAAACCAUAUUCCACGUGGAUGUCCGACACCUUCAUCACCAAAGCCAUCCCCCUCCCUCGCAGCUACCCCCAAGCAGUGCUCUACCGCGGCAUCGAAGCCGUCUACAACGUCACAGGCGACGCCAGCUACUUCAACUACCUCCAAACCCCCCUCGACGCCAUAGUCGACUCCAAAGGUAAUCUCGGCGACGGCUACACCUCCUCCAAGCUCUCCCUCGAUGACCUCCGCGUCGGUCCCACCUUAUUAUAUCUCUACCGCGAAACCGGCGACGAGCGCUACAAAACCGCCGCGUCGCAGCUGCGCGCCCAACUUGAUAUCCAACCCCGCACCCCCUCAGGCGGCUUCUGGCACCGCAAGCCCGCUUACCCUAACCAAAUGUGGUUGGAUGGGAUAUACAUGGCCCAGCCCUUCUAUGCGGAGUGGACGGGCAUGUUCGAUGCGUCGAAUGAGGAGAUUUGGGAUGAUAUCGUGCUGCAGUUUGAUUUGAUCGAGCAGCAUUGCAGGAAUAAAACCAGUAACCUCCUAGCGCAUGGGUAUGAUGAGAGUAAGGUGGCUUCGUGGGCUGAUCCGGUGACGGGCGCGGCGCCGCAUGUGUGGGAUCGUGCGGUGGGGUGGUAUGCCAUGGCGCUGGUGGAUGUGUUGGACUACCUACCCAAGGAGCACGCGGGGCAUGCGAAGCUUGUCGGCUACCUGGAUACGCUUGCUGAUGGCUUGAAGAGGGCACAGGAUAAGAGUGGAGGGUGGUGGUUGGUUAUGGAUGAGCCGUAUCCGGGGAUGAAGGGGAAUUAUAUUGAGACUAGUGGGACCGCUAUGUUUGCGUAUGCCCUACUGAAGGGGGGGAGGUUGGGAUAUAUUGACAGUGCGAAGUAUCAGAAAACGGCGACUAAGGCGUAUGACCUGUUGAGGAAGAAGUAUGUGAUUGAGAAUUCAAAGGGGGAGCUGGAUUGGGAAGGAACGGUUUCAGUGGGCAGUUUGGGGGGUAAUGGGAGCUAUGAGUAUUACAUAUCCCAGGUACUUACUCAGAAUGACCUGAAGGGUGUUGGGACGUUCAUAUUCUUGAGCGUCGAGAAGGAGGCAUUGUAAGCUUGAGUUCGGUAGGCAUAUGACCCUGGCCGCUUGAGAUCUCUGGAAUAGGUAUGUAUGUAGCUAGGUCAUAAAAUAUUGUCAUUCUGUCUUUAAGUCUAAGGUAGGAACACAUGGGCAGCUUUUAAUCUAAAUAACUGAU